AUGCUCUCCCUUUGCUUGUUCCUGCUCCCUUGCCUGAGCCUUGUGCCGUUGGCCCCGGCAAUGAAGGGCCUCGAGUUCCCACAUUACGACGGGAAAGACCGCGUUCUAGACAUCAAUGACAAGAAUUACAAGAACGCCUUGAAGAAGCACAGCAUGGUGUGCAUGUUCUACCACGGGCCCAUGUCAGACGGCAAGGAGCUGCAAAAGCAACACAAGAUGACUGAGUUGGUGCUGGAGCUUGUAGCUCAGGUUAUGGAGGAGAAAGAUAUUGGCUUUGGAAUGGUCGACUCCCACAAAGAUGCAAAAGUGGCAAAGAAACUGGGCCUGGAGGAGGAGGGCAGCGUGUAUGUUUUCAAGGCCGAUCGGGUGAUUGAGUUUGACGGCUUGCUCUCUGCAAACACUCUGGUGGAGUUUCUGUUGGACCUGUUGGAGGAGCCGGUGGAGGUGAUAGGCAAUGCUCUGGAGCUGAGAGCCUUCGAUAGGAUGGAGGAAGACAUCCGGGUCAUCGGUUUCUUCAAGAGCGAGGACUCUGAGCACUAUGACGCAUUUAAAGAAGCUGCAGAGCAGUUCCAGCCCUACAUCAAGUUCUUUGCCACAUUUGAGAAAUCUGUGGCCAAGGAGGUGACCCUAAAGUUGAAUGAGGUGGAUUUCUAUGAGCCCUUCAUGGAGGAGCCGGUCACCAUCCCGGGCAAGCCUCACUCGGAAGGGGAUCUGGUCAAAUUCAUAACUGAACACAGACGACCAACUCUGAGAAAGCUGCGUGCAGAAGAUAUGUUUGAGACCUGGGAGGAUGACAUUGAGGGCAUCCACAUUGUGGCUUUUGCAGAGGAGGAAGACCCCGAUGGUUUUGAGUUCUUGGAAAUCUUGAAGGAAGUUGCCAGAGACAACACCCACCUACCUGAUCUCAGCAUCAUCUGGAUCGAUCCCGAUGACUUUCCCCUGCUGAUCCCCUACUGGGAGAAGACCUUCAAGGUGGACCUGUUCCGACCACAGAUCGGAGUUAUCAACGUUACAGAUGCCGACAGCGUGUGGAUGGAGAUGGAGGACGAGGAGGAUCUGCCCAGCGCGCAGGAGCUGGAGGACUGGAUUGAGGAUGUGCUCUCUGGAAAAGUCAACACGGAGGAUGAUGACGACGAUGACAACGAUGAUGAUGACGACGAUGAUGAUGACGACGACGAUGAUGACGACGAUGAUAAUGACGACGAUGAUGAUGACGACGAUGAUGAUGACGACGAUGACGAUGACGAAGAUGACGAGGAUGAUGAUGAUGACGAUGACGAUGACGAGUAA